CUGUUUAUAAGAAUUUUAUACAAAGAUGACAUUUUUUGAGAAAUAACAGUAACUGUUAUUUCGAAAGUAACAAUAACAGUUAUUAAAAUUAAUAACAAGUUGCUGUCAUUAAUCAAUUUUAUCUUAGUUCGUGACACAGUUAGUUAGUUCUUGGUAAUAAUUAAUUGUGUCGAUGGUAGCAAUCGUUUAACUAUACUAGCGUAAUAUUUUUAAAAAUAUCUCUAUCUUAUAAAUAUUAAUACCUUUUUCUUAAAAAAUUUUAAAGUGUUCAUUUUUGAAAUAUAUGUUAUGUAAAUUAUUUUAAAAUUUACGAAUAACCGAACCUUAAACAAAUUAAAUUUUAAAUUAUAGUCUAUUAUUGAGAAAGUACUAUAGUAAAGUUAUGAAGGAAUUAAAUGAUAAUCGUCAAGCCAACAUUAAAUUUAUAUCUGCUAGAAAUUUGGUUCAAAAAAUUGGUGUGUACGAAUCAAAAAAUCGUUAUUUUGUUGUUGGCUCUAAUAAUGCUAGGACUAAAUUCCGUGUAUUAAAAAUUGACCGAACAGAAGGUCAUGAUUUAACAAUUGUUGAUGAUCAAGUUGAAUAUUCUGAACAUGAUAUGAUUAGUGUUUUAAGCCUUGGUGUUCAUAGAAAUACAGGAUUGAAUAAAAUAGCAUCAGCUUUUGGUAUUGUAGGAUUUGUUAAGUUACUAGAAGGCUACUAUAUGAUACUUAUUACAAAAAGACGAAGAGUUGCAGUUAUCGGACAGGAAAUAAUUUAUAAGAUUGAAGAUACAUCAAUGAUAUAUAUUCCUAACGAUGCUUAUAGAAUCCCUAAUAUUAAUGAACCACGAUACUUGAAAAUAUUUCAAAGUGUGGAUUUGUCAAGUAAUUUUUAUUUUAGUUACAGUUAUGAUGUUACACAAACAUUACAAGUCAAUUUGGCCGUUGCUCAAAAUAUUCCAAAAAAUUCAAAUGGUGAUCUAUUAUAUAUAACACGUAGUAACUCAAAUAAAAUUUUUGUUUGGAAUGACUAUUUGUUAAAGAAUGUGCGAGAUAAACUUCAUCCAGAUUGGGUCUUAAACAUAAUGCAUGGUUUUAUUAGCCAAUCUAAUGUGUCAAUUUUCGGUCGUCCAAUAUACAUAACAUUAAUAGCUAGAAGAUCGAAUAGAUAUGCUGGUACUCGAUUUCUGAAAAGAGGAGCAAAUAAUAAAGGGGAAGUAGGAAAUGAAGUGGAAACUGAACAAAUAGUUCAAGAUGUUGGUGUGAGCUGUCAAAAUCACUUAUAUAUAAGUUCUUUCUUACAAAUGAGAGGUUCUGUACCUGGUUUAUGGAGUCAAGAUAUGACUAAAAUGGUACCUAAACCAACAAUAUUAUUUGAAUUACCUGAUCCUUUCCAUGAAAUAUCUGGUCGACAUUUUAAUAAUAUUUAUCAAAGAUACGGAUCACCAACUGUCAUUAUAAACUUGGUAAAAAAACGCGAAAAAAAAGUACAUGAAUCUCAAUUAAGUGAACAUUUAACAUCAGCUGUUAAAUAUUUAAACCAAUUUUUACCUCCUAGUUAUCACAUUCAAUACAUAAGUUUUGAUAUGUCAAGAAUGAAUAAAAGCAAAAAUGUUAAUGUUAUGAGACGUCUCGAUGAUAUUGCUCGUAUGGCUAUUAAUAAAACUGGUAUGUAUAUUAAUAGUCCACAUGUUGCUAAUAAACCCAGUUUUGGAUAUGAAAAGAAUAACAUUGUUCUUCAAACAGGCAUUAUUAGAGUAAAUUGUGUUGAUUGCUUAGAUCGAACAAAUACAGCACAAUUUGCUCUUGGAAAGUGUGCAUUAGCAUAUCAGCUUUACUAUUUAGGUUUAUUAGAAACACCUUCAUUAGAAUAUGACACAGACUGUGUACGUUUAUUAGAAGUAUCAUAUGAAGACCAUGGAGAUACUUUAGCUUUACAGUAUGGAGGUUCGCAGUUAAUUCAUCGCAUAAAAACCUACAGAAAAACUGCUCCAUGGACAUCACAAGGGAAUGACAUAAUGCAAACCUUAAGCCGUUAUUACAGUAACACUUUUUCAGAUACUGAAAAGCAAAAUGCCAUUAAUUUAUUCCUAGGAUUAUUUAUUCCAAACGAAAAUCAACCACAUAUUUGGGAACAAAAUUAUGACUAUUAUUUACACCAUCCUGAAACAAUUUCUUAUUCUUCAAAUUCUUGUGUUCCGUUGACUCAAUGGUGGGAUGAUGAUGUUUUAGAUUGUUUACCUUUAUCUUACGCUGAACAUAAAAAACAAUAUAACCAUAUCUGUCCUUCAAAUGCUUUAAAAGCUGAUGAUUUUGAUAGUUUUGCUUAUUUUUAUAGAACUGAUGAAUUUAGUGUAAUGUCUGAAAGUUAUACAUUCGAAAUAAGUCACUCAGUGAGGGAUUUCAUGCCAAAUUGUGUAACUGAUUUUAGUCCUUUUUCAAUAAGAAUUAGACCAGGCAAAAAACGAGAGCAAAUAUCAGAUAAAACAAAAAAUCCAUCCAUGACUGGUAGUUCUUCUACUAACUCAAUUAAUUCAAGUAGUAGCUGUGGAACUAGUGAAAGUGACGAUGAUACUAACUAUUCUAAACGAACUGAAUCUCUUAACAUUGUUUCUAAAGAUAAUUCAAUUACAUUUGAUAUACAAGCAGAACAAAUUAUAAGUUAUGGAAUUAACUUGUGUACAAUAAAACCAAAUGAUAUUGCUACCUAUAAAAAGUAUGUUCUGAUGGCAAGUGAUCCGUCUACAAUUAUUUCUGUAACUCAAAGUGUUCAACCUAGAUAUGAUAGUUCCUUUAGUGUUUCAUUAUCAGAUGUCAGUUCAUCAAAUAUGUAUUUGUAUGAAUCAUAUGUACGAAAUGGAUUGCAAGGGGCACAUCAAUGUAAUGACAAUGCUAUUCUUGAAUACAAAAAAUACAUUGUUAAUAUAUAGAAAAAUUAACAUUUUAAUUUGCCAAUUUUUUUGUUAUAAUGUAACAUAUAAUUGAGUAAUAAUAUAUAUAUUUAUCUUAAAUAAAACUUAUGUAAUAUAAAAAAUAAAAUGUUGAUCUGGAU